UUCCGCUCGGGGCGGCGGCGGUGGCGGAAGUGGGAGCGGAGCCGGAGUCUUGGCCAUAAAGCCCAAGGCGGCGGCAGCGGCGGCGUUGAAGGCUUGGGGAGUGCCGAGGAGUCCGCUGGAACCGGAACUUGGACUUCUCCUCAGUUCCUGUCCUCCUUUGUACCUCCUCUUCGGCGGGAGCCCUAGCGACGCGCCCGGCCCGGAGUCCCCAGCGGAGCGGCCGCGUGGCAGUACCGUACAACGUUGCCUAGGCUUCCCUAUUUGGGACCUCUGGGUCGUGUGUCCCAUGAAUGGUGGGAGUUAACUUUUUGGCAUCUAACCUGAACAGUUUGAAGGAUGACCUCUAGGAAGAAAGUGUUGCUGAAGGUUAUCAUCCUGGGAGAUUCUGGAGUUGGUAAGACAUCACUCAUGAACCAGUAUGUGAACAAGAAAUUCAGUAAUCAGUACAAAGCUACAAUAGGAGCAGACUUUCUGACAAAGGAGGUGAUGGUGGAUGACAGACUAGUCACAAUGCAGAUCUGGGACACGGCAGGCCAGGAGCGGUUCCAGUCCCUCGGCGUGGCCUUCUACAGAGGCGCAGACUGCUGCGUUCUGGUCUUUGACGUUACUGCCCCCAACACGUUCAAAACCCUUGAUAGCUGGAGAGAUGAGUUUCUCAUCCAGGCCAGUCCCCGGGAUCCUGAAAACUUCCCCUUCGUUGUGUUGGGAAACAAGAUUGACCUCGAAAACAGACAAGUGGCCACAAAGCGGGCACAGGCCUGGUGCUACAGCAAAAACAACAUUCCCUACUUCGAGACCAGUGCCAAGGAGGCCAUCAACGUGGAGCAGGCGUUCCAGACAAUUGCACGGAAUGCACUUAAACAGGAAACAGAGGUGGAGCUGUACAAUGAAUUCCCCGAACCCAUCAAACUGGACAAGAACGACCGGGCCAAGGCCUCGGCGGAAAGCUGCAGUUGCUGAAGGGGCAGUGAGAGCAGAGCACAGAGUCCUUCACAAACAAAGAACACACUUAGGCCUUCCAACACAAGCCCCCUCUCCUCUUCCAAACAAAACAUAAAGUCAUCUCUCGAAUCCAGCUGCCAAAAGAAACCCCAUCAGACACACUCCCCCUUACACACACACACACACACACACACCCCUGAUACAAGCAGACAGACUCCAGCCCAGGCCUGUGAUGACUCCAUCGGGUUCUGCCCACCCACCACAUCAGCCCUCGUAUGGCAGCAGGACAGGCAAGCUGUAGAAAUCGUUCUGGUGUGGAGUCGGCAUUGGAAGCUUAUUCUUUUUGUCCACUGGGGAGAGAGAACUGUUUACAGUUAAUCUGUGUCUAAUUAGUUAUCUGAUUUUUUUAACGGUCUUGUGGUCUUUUUACCCGUCACCCCCACCCCUCCCUCCUGUGAAGGCUACCACUUGGGAAGGCUGGUGCCCCAUGCUUCAUUACAGGCUCACACCCAGUCUGAUCAGGCUGAGUUUUGUAUGUAUCUGUUAAUGCUUGUUACUUUUAACUAAUCAGAUCUUUUUACAGUAUCCAUUUAUUAUGUAAUGCUUCUUAGAAAAGAAUCUUAUAGUACAUGUUAAUAUAUGCAACCAAUUAAAAAUGUAUAAAUUAGUGUAAGAAAUUCUUGGAUUAUGUGUUUAAGUCCUGUAAUGCAGGCAUGUAAGAUGGAGGGUUGAACCCUGUCUGGAUUGCAGAGUGUUAGCAACUCAGAAUUCAGAAAUCCAGCUAGAGGCAGUAUUCUGUACAGUAGACACAAGAAUUAUGUACGCCUUUUAUCAAAGACUUAAGAGCCAAAAAGCUUUUCAUCUCUCCAGGGGGAAAACUGUCUAGUUCCCUUCUGUGUCUAAAUUUUCCAAAAGGUUGAUUUGCAUAAUACAGUGGUGUGUGCAAUGGAUAAAUGGCUGUUGUUUCAGAAAUUAAAAUUCUCAUUUUUCCUUUUUUUCCACCCCCACUGCUCCACACUUCGAAACUCCCCUAUUAGGUCAGCAUCCUACUGAUAAGAGGAAAAGGAAAAUCCUAACAGAUCUGUCCUAGUGAUUUUACCUUUGUUCUAGAAGGCACUCCUUUCAGGGUUGUGGUAUCCUUAGGUUAGCAAACCUUUUUCUCCUUUUCCCCACCAACUCCCAGUAUUGCCCACUAUUCAUUAACCUGUUUCUUUGGUAUGGAGCCCUGGCAGUUCUGUCCCCUCCCUAGGACCUGCCCCUGCAUUCUAGCUUGCUUAACGGAGCACUUCCCCUUUUUCCAAAGGUCUACAUUCUAGGGUGUGGGCCAAGUUCUUCUGUAAAGAGAUGAACGUGAUGCCAAUAAAAUGUAACAACAAAGAU